CAGGUUAUUUUGAACAUGGAGUGUGGAGCAGGGAAGCAUUGGACUGAAGACGAGGUUAAAGCUCUUCUAAAUGUCUGGUCAGAGAAAAAUGUACAGAACUACCUUCUUGGUGCCACCAGAAACAAAGCAAUGUUCAUCUACAUUUCUAACAGGCUGCAGGAGUUUGGAGUGUUUAGGGAUUGGAAACAGUGCAGGGCAAAAUAUAAAAACCUGAAAUAUGAAUACAGAACAGUCAAGUAUGCCCGCAACUCUGGUGACUUGGGAAAAACCAUGAAGUUUUUUCAAGAGCUUGAUGCCAUCUUAACCUCUGAAGUUGUAUCACACCCUACAGAAGAGGAGAAUGCUAGGUGUUCAGACUCUCUCACCAAAAACUGUGAAGAAGAAACCCAGUCCAGUACGGACAUGCUCAAUGCAGGAGAGAUAUGUGUGGCCUUAGAGGAUGAUGACAUGAGCACAACAUCUGAAGAUCCAAUUACAUCACCAGCAAAAACCAAAGUAAAAACUUCAGAAAAAGAUUUUAAAUUUUCAGCCACUCAAAAGCCACUGUGUGAUCAAGUGAAGCCUCCAUUCAUCCCUUCAGUUGCCACAGAAGGAGGAAAACAUUGGACUGAUGAUGAAGUCCGAGCCUUGUUGUAUGUCUGGUCAGAUAGCAACAUACAGGGACAGCUUGAAGGAGCAGUACGCAACAAAGGAAUUUUUGAAGAAAUUGCAAAUAAACUACAGAAAUUUGGAGUAGACCGGGACUGGAAGCAGUGCAGAACUAAAUAUAAAAACCUCAAAUAUGAAUAUAAGACUGUGCGAAGUGCUCAAGGCUCAGGAAACGCAUGGAAAAGCAUGAAGUUCUUCAAUGAGAUUGAUGCCAUUCUGCGGCACAAGCCUACAAAACCAAGAAAUAAUAAUGAACUGGGAAAAGAAACUGUCAGUGAAGAGGAGAAUCACACUGGAUUGGAUGAGGAGGAUUCCUUCAGCACGGCAUCCGAAGAUUUAAACAACACAUACAUUAAAAAAGAGCCUCAAUUUGAAGAUGAGGAUUCUGCCAGUAUUGCAUCGGAAGAUCCAGUGCCUCCACUACACUGGAAAACAAUGACAGACAAAGGUGAUCAUAUUCCAGCAGAUGACAAAAUCAAUCAAUUCAGAGUCAUCACAGUCAAUGAUACAGGAAUAGGACGGCACUGGAGUGACGACGAAGUUAAAGCUCUAAUUCUUAUCUGGUCUGAUGGAAAUAUCAGACAGCAGCUUGAAGGGGCAACAAGAAACAAGGAGAUUUUUGAACAGAUUGCCAACAGGUUAAUGGAUAUUGGCAUUGACCGGGACUGGAAGCAAUGUCGGACAAAAUAUAAAAAUCUGAAGUAUGAAUAUAGAGCACUUCAAAGAGGAAAUAAUCAGCUCUGCAAUCCCAGGAGAAGUAUGCGGUUCUAUGAUGAAGUAGAUGACAUCCUAAAGAAGUCAAGCUCACAUCAAAGAAAAGAAUCAGAAUCCCUGCCUCAGUCAACAAACCUAAACGGAAAGAACAGUGAUGAGACAGACACAACAAAAAGCGCACAUUCUGCAGAACAACAUAAUUCAGAUGAAAAUGAAUACACCAACAAAGUGGAAGAACUAGUGGUCCUUGGUACAAAGAGGAAAGCCAAAAAAGAAGAAUCUCCAUCAUCAAGUAAAAAAAGAGUUCAUGCAGCACAGCCAAUUGAAUGUGUGGUGGACAGUCAAACUCUAUCUAAAAGCAACCUUUGCAAGCAAGAGGAAGAAGGCCUUUGCAUUCCAGCAACAAAGACCAUCACCCACAGUUCCAACCAAAGUGCCUGCCAGUUCACUCAGGUACAGCGACUGACCGAAGAAAUGGACUCUGUACACGAAUUAAAACUGGGAAAGAAACUUAGUGAAGGUAAAACAAAAGAGAUUUACGAGUUACCAGACUGCCAAGGUCUUGUGCUGGUACAGUCUAAGGACCAGAUUACUGCUGGAAAUGCGGCUCGAAAGGACCAAAUGGAAGGGAAAGCUGCCAUUUCUAACAAGACGACCAGCUGUGUUUUCAAGUUGUUGCAAGAAUCUGGGAUCAAGACUGCCUUUAUCAGACAACAUUCUGACACUGCCUUUGUGGCAGCUCACUGUGAGAUGAUCCCAAUAGAAUGGGUUUGUCGGAGAAUUGCUACUGGCUCCUUCCUGAAGAGGUGUCCUGGCGUAAAGGAGGGGUACAGAUUUACCCCUUUAAAGGUUGAAACCUUCUUUAAAGAUGAUGCCAAUAAUGAUCCCCAGUGGUCAGAAGAACAGUUGAUUGAAGCAAACUUCUGCCUUGGAGGUCUUAAAAUUGGACGAUGUGAAGUAGACAUUAUGACCCGCACUACUAUGGCCAUAUUUGAGAUUUUGGAGAGGGCCUGGGAAACACAGGACUGUACACUUGUUGACAUGAAAAUUGAGUUUGGUGUUAAUAAGAUGACCAAAGAAAUUAUUCUUGCUGAUGUUAUUGACAAUGAUUCGUGGAGAUUAUGGCCCUCUGGGGAUCGUAGCCAACAAAAGGAUAAACAGGUUUAUCGGGAUCUCAAAGAAGUUACUCCAGAAGCGAUGCAGAUGGUGAAGAAGAACUUCGAGUGGGUAGCAGAAAGAGUUCAGCUGCUGUUGGAAUCCAAGAAUCCUGGAAGAGUUGUGGUGCUGAUGGGAUCAACUUCUGACAUCGCUCACGGUGAAAAAAUCAAGAAAGCUUGUGUCGGUUAUGGCAUUCGGUGUGCUGUAAGAGUUACUUCUGCUCACAAAGGUCCAGAUGAAACCAUGAGAAUAAAGGCAGAAUAUGAAGGUGAUGGAGUUCCAACUGUUUUUAUAGCGGUGGCUGGACGAAGUAAUGGCCUUGGACCUGUCUUGGCUGGCAACACUGCAUUUCCAGUUAUCAACUGUCCACCAGUUUCUCCAGACUGGGGUGCUCAGGACAUCUGGUCAUCUCUGAGAAUGCCAAGUGGUCUGGGGUGCACCACCGUUCUGUCUCCUGAGGCCGCAGCUCAGUUUGCAGCACAGAUUUUUGGACUGAACAACCACCUUGUCUGGGCUAAAUUAAAAGCCUCCAUGUUAAAUACUUGGGUGGCUUUAAAAGUGGCUGACCAGAAACUGCAAGAAUGCUCCUUGUGAUUUAAGUUAACAGAAAGCUGAUGCACGCCCCAUGGCACUGCCAAAUUCAAAUAAUAAAAGAUUUUCUGACAU